AUGAUGAGUAGUAGUAGUAGUAGUACUAGAACUGUAGUAAGCAGAACUCCAACUGUAGUCAGCCGAACACCAACUGUAGUCAGCCAAACACCAACUGUAGUCAGCAGAACUCCAAAUCAAGAAAGAAUUUUCAAAAUCAUCGUUAUAGGAGAAUCAGGAGUAGGAAAAACAACCCUUACAUAUAGAUUCUGUGAAGGAAAGUUCCUAGAAUUUGCAGAGGCCACCAUAGGAGUUGAUUUCAGAAGUAGGACUGUUAAUAUUGAAGGAGAGGAUAUAAAUCUUCAGUUAUGGGAUACAGCUGGACAAGAAAGAUAUAGGAAUUCUAUGGUUCGUCAUUACUAUAAGAAUGUAAAUGCAGUCAUCAUAGUUUAUGAUGUUACCAAAAUCCAAAGCUUUGAAACAUUGAAAAAAUGGAUGGAAGAAUGUGAAACCAACAGCCUACAAGAUGUUCCCAAGAUUCUAGUUGGAAAUAAAUGUGAUGGCAUAGCAGCAGUGCCCCACAAUGUAGCCCAAAGAUUUGCUGAUCAAUACAAUAUGCCUUUAUUUGAGACAUCAGCAAGACUAGAUUCUCAGUGUGAUAAUGUUGAAGCAAUUUUCAUGACUUUGGCUCUUAAACUAAAAAAUCACAAACAGUUUUUACCUUCAUCUAUUUCUUCUAACUCUGAUACAGUAGUGCUAUCUACUGGAGGCUCUAGAAGAUUGGCAAGCUCCAAAGAUACAAAAUCAUCAUGGUGCUGUUGA